GGGCACUUCAGUCUUGAACUCAAUCGAGGAAUAGUCGGUGUCGGCUUGAGCGAGCUAAAUUUUUGUGUAAAUCAGUUCACAUAGAAAAAAAUAAGUACACAUUACCGCCGGGGCCAGAAUAUAACGACCGUUUUCUUGUGUAUCAGUUGGUGAACGUGUUAUUUGAAAAGAGCUAUCAAAAUGUCAGACAGAAAGGCUGUGAUAAAAAAUGCUGAUAUGUCUGAGGAGAUGCAGCAGGAUGCUGUUGACUGUGCAACUCAAGCCCUUGAAAAGUACAAUAUAGAAAAGGACAUUGCAGCCUUCAUUAAGAAAGAAUUUGAUAAAAAAUACAAUCCAACGUGGCAUUGCAUUGUAGGCCGUAACUUUGGAAGCUAUGUAACACAUGAAACAAGACAUUUUAUCUAUUUUUACUUGGGUCAAGUAGCGAUCCUUCUCUUCAAAAGUGGAUAAAUUGGAGUCUAUUCUGUAAUCACAAACCUUUCUUCCUCCCUUCACACAUGCUACAUGGAAAUACCUUAAAUCACGUCACCGUCUGUAAGAAAAAUUACAAUAUUGUGUAUAAUGAAAAUUUGAUUUCAUGCAAAAAAAAAAAACACGCACUCCCAGUUAAACAAAGAAGUAUAAAAGUAUAUAAUGAUCAUCAGUACUAUUGACUUUGCUGUUUUACUUAUCUCAGGAGAUAAGACAAUGAAAAAUUCUGUAGAAGCUACGGAGAGAAAAAAAAGGGUAGGGAGAUGAUUAACUGAAUGAGAAGAAAUGAAAAAAAAGUGAAAGAAAAUCAAUUGACAUACAAUCUUACAUGUUAAAAUGUAUCAUGUAUGCCAGAAAAUUUGUUGUGUUCUUGUUUUAUAUUAGGUAUAUAUAAUGCGAGGUUGAGUUCAAUACUGGCGAUUUUAAAUUAAUAAAUUUUUAGUGUUUAAUACACUAAAUGCACCUAAGUAUAAUGUAAUAUUCAUACAAAUUCAUGUAUGGUUUUUAUUAUCUUACUAUGCUUGAGGAGAACUGUAUUCAGUAGUCAUCAAUAAUGAAUCUAAGCCAAACCUUGAUUGAUUGCUGCGAUCAUUAUUAUUUUAUGUAAUGUUGUAAAUUGUCCCUUUAUUCUGUGAUGUUGUGCAAAACAGAAGUGAUUAACGAAAUCAUCUUCGAUUCGUUUGAAUUCUGUGACACUUCUGUAAAAAAAAAUCUGGAAGUGAGGCUGACAAGAGAGAAAGCUUAGUUAUGGACCCGCCAUCGCGUUGAUGAUAAAUUUAAACGUAAUUAUUUAAAUUUACACAGUGCUAAGUAAGAUGUUGCAUAAUAUUCAAAUUGAGUCAUUGUCAUAAUUCUAGUUUUUUUUAUAUUGUGCACACGGAAUUUUGCAAAAUGUAUUAUUCUUAAGGCAAUACACAUUUAGGGAAUUAUUUUCUUUUUCUCUUUCUUUCUUUUUCUCUUUCUUUCUUCCUUCCUUUCUUUCUUUCUUUCUUUCUUUCUAUAUUUUCUUCAUUUUCUUUCCAAAAGAGAAAAAAGAGAAACAGAUAUAUUCAGCUCAUUAAAUUCUAUCCUUUAUGUAACACCCAAUACCCAAUAUUACGGUACUUAUAUAUAUGAUAAAAUAUAGAUUAUACAUAUAUAUUAUACUAUUUAUAUAUAGUGCAAUCUUAAAACGAUUUUUCAUGCAGUAUUUGAUUAUCACAACGUUGCUACAUUGUUCAAAUUUUAGACUGAUUAUUAAACAUCGUCACAAGUAUAUGACUUGCAUGGUUCUUUUUUAUAAUACGCAUUUUUUUAUAAUAAUACAUAAUAUUAUUAUAAAAGUUUAACAGAGAACUUUAAAACGACAAAUUACAUCUAAAGAAGAGAGAGAGAGAAAGAUAGCAGAAGCGGGACAGAAUUAAUUACACGCUUUUUGAUUAUAAUCCAAUCUAAAUGUUCAGGUGAACGUAUACCCUUUGGUCUCAUCUUCGAUGUAUCAUCUUUUUUUUUUACGUGUUAACGCACAUAAAAGGCGAAUGAAGAAUAGUGGCAUCUGUAAAGAAUACAUUGAGAAAAACUGAUACACUUAUUUAGUGUUUGAAGUUUGUUAAAUAGGAGAAUUUGAAAAAGUGUAGUAUUGCGAAAAAAACAAAGCUGUGCUCAGAUCAAUUCACAUAUUGCUGAUGAACCAUCAAUUCCCAUAAGAUUUCAAAUAUAUAUAUUCACUGUGUUAUUAAA